ACCUGAGCCUAGAGUCCAAAACCCGGAGUCCUAUUCACUUUGGGGAAAGCAUGCCAGACAGUGGUAGUGGGGGCCGUGGCUUCCCUGUGAAAGUGGGCAAAGGUGAAGUUGUAGAGAGCAACAGCUACCCUGAGAAUUAUAUCCUCCCCCCUACCUCCCUCGCCCAGUUCAGCCAUGUUGAUGAAGGCAUUCAGUGUGAUGUGAGCCAGUGGCAGGAUGCAGAGCAUGAGAAAUCUCCUGAGUCCUCAUCAGAGAGCAAAAAGACAACAGAAGAAUUCAGAUGUGGAGAACUGGAAGAGGUGGUGGAGAGAAGAGGGACAGUUGCUCAAAGCAUGUGUCUAGCUCUGCCUGUUUGGUCCAGAUGAAUAGCAGGUGGGUAGAUGAAGGGAUUCAGUGUGAUAGGAGCUGGUGGCAGGAUGCACAGCUGGAGAGAUCCCUUGAGCAAAUGCCUUCCAAGGAUGAAGAGUCAUUUCCAGAUUGCAAGACUAAGGGAUCACGGAGAAGGACCAUCAGGAAUGGGAGACUGAACACAGAUGAAGAAGAAAUAACCAUGAAUGAUGAGAUUGAGGAGGGGGAUCAUGAGAACUUCAAAAGGUGCGCAAAGAUUAAAAAAACUGUGAAAGGCAGGAAGCAGAAGUCCCUGAGAAACUUCUCAAGUGGGAACACAGUCUAUUUAUUGAAGAAAAAUGGUACCUUGAACACUGUACUUCCCAACGAUUUAGAAGACUAUGAUUUGGAAGAGGAAGCUGAAGAUGAAAUGUAUGAGAUAGAAUGCCUCUUGGAAGAAGUUAGUCCACUGGGCUGUGAGAUGUCUUCCAAAGGGAGGAUUAAUCAUGAGGUUGGCAGGGUCAUCAGGAUGCCAGCUGAGUGCUCUCUCCCUCCCCAAGUUAUUGUGUGGCGCACCAGAGAAAAGGACAGGUUAAAUCUUGGAGAAUACGAGAACAUCCCUGUGGUGUGCAAAGUGACAGGACAGGAUGGCAGGUUCCGAGGGGAACAUACCAUGGCCAUGCAGGAGGGAUUAGAGUCCAAGAGAGCCUCUCCCAAGCCCUGAGAAUGAUGAUGUUUGUCCAGUGCUUUCCCAAGCCGAGCCAUUGAAAUACACCCUGUCUCCUGCAAAGGUAAUGCCUUCUUGUUCCUAC